CGCCUCACUCUUUGCAGGACGUCACCGCGGACUGCAGGGGCCUGAGCCGCUGCCGCCGCCGCCUCUGCCCCUGUCGCGCAGCCCCACAUCAACGCAGGGGGCCCCGUCACCACCGCCGCCAAAAAGUCGCUGCCGCUAGGGUCGCCACCGCAUCGGUGCAGGGCAAGAUGGCAUCCGCCACAGACUCACGCUAUGGGCAGAAGGAGUCCUCGGACCAGAAUUUCGACUACAUGUUCAAGAUCCUCAUCAUUGGCAACAGCAGCGUGGGCAAGACAUCUUUCCUAUUCCGCUAUGCAGACGAUUCCUUCACGCCUGCCUUCGUCAGCACUGUGGGCAUUGACUUCAAGGUCAAGACCAUCUACCGCAACGACAAGAGGAUCAAGCUGCAAAUCUGGGACACAGCAGGGCAAGAGCGGUACCGGACUAUUACCACAGCCUACUACCGGGGUGCCAUGGGCUUUAUCCUCAUGUAUGACAUUACCAAUGAAGAGUCCUUCAACGCUGUGCAGGACUGGUCGACCCAGAUCAAGACGUACUCGUGGGACAAUGCCCAGGUGCUCCUGGUGGGAAACAAGUGCGACAUGGAGGAUGAACGGGUGGUGUCGUCGGAGCGUGGCCGGCAGUUGGCUGACCACCUUGGCUUUGAGUUCUUUGAGGCAAGCGCCAAGGACAACAUCAAUGUCAAGCAGACCUUUGAGCGCCUGGUAGAUGUCAUCUGCGAGAAGAUGUCUGAGUCCCUGGACACGGCCGACCCUGCAGUCACUGGCGCCAAGCAGGGCCCGCAGCUCACGGACCAGCAGGCGCCUCCACAUCAGGACUGCGCCUGCUGAGAGCUGCCUCCGGCCCCAUCCCGGCCCCACCCCUGCCCACCCCCUGGGCCCGAUCCAGCUCCCACUGGCCCAGGGUGUGAGAACCCCCCUGCCCCCAACUUAGCCCCUCACCCUUAUUUAUUAUCGUAGUUAUUUAUUUAUUUAUUGGAGAUGUCCCCCAGGGGCUCAGGCUCCCCACCCACCCCUUGUCCCGUCCUGUACAUACAGCCCUGUCCCCACCCUGUUGUGGCGUGGCGUGGCGUGGCCCUGUGAACUCACCACUCACCCUCCUCUCAAGACCCCACCUUUUUUAAAAUUCACCCCCAACAACAGUUACCGGUUUUGCAGAGGGGGCCCGAUGACCCCUCCCCCAGGGCAGGCUGAUUGGGUGAUGGGAGAUAGUCGGGUCUACCAGCCUCUCGGCUGUGACACGGUGGGCCAAGGCCACUGUGGGGGUCUCAGCAUGGACCAUGGGGUGGAUAAGAGCCAGGUAAUGGCCCGCCUGGCUCCUCACCCCCAAAGUUUUACCCUUAUUUGGAGGUGAGGGCUGCUGUGGGUACUCGCCACCCUGGGGACCCCCCCCAACACCAGACCUGUUCUGACGUCAUGAGUGUCAAAUGUUCCCCCCAGAUCCCCAGGAGAUGUCAUGACAACACUACACACACCCAAUAAAGUGAAUGGAUGACACCGUGUCCCCAUGAGUGCCAGCCUGCCAGGGUGGCCUUGGUCAUCCACAGGAUUUUCAAUGACCAAAGAAUUUAAUAGAAUUUCCACAGUCUGUGAUCUGAGUAUGAGACUGGAAGCCACCUGGCCCUGCCCAAGGCUCCAGAUUCUGGGGGCUGACUCCAGGCUGGGCCCUGCUCCAAGGGGAUGGGCUAUGUCCCCACCUUGGGCCCAGGGCCCAGCCCAUAAUAGUGUUGAGGGGUUGGGGCUUGGGACGGGCUGGUUGGGGCCCAGUGCUGCGGAUGGGAACAUCUGUCACUGGUUCACAGAGGGCCUGCGGUGAGAGGGGCUCCUUGGUGACCAUCUUCAUGGUUGUGUUCCAGGUGGGGAAACAGGUCUUAUACUAGGCCUGGAAGGGGCAGCCCAGCCAGAUGCCUAGCGGUUCGGGAGGGGCCAGGACCAGGCUAGGCCUGCUCAGAGUCAGUCCUGCUCUGUCUGGCAUCCAGUCGGGAGGGCUGGGGCAGCUCAAUCUGCACAGUGCCCAGGGCCACGCAGCCUAGGGGUGGACGGGCCCAGGAUAUGUCUGUGCAAGAGGGAUCUGGUCACACACC